AUGGCACAGCGUACGGCUAAUUGGCAUCAUUUGAGCACCAAUGUAUUGUCGAAAUUAGGCUUGCAUGUACCAAACAUGAUCAUGGUUGACAUUACAAAUGGAGUUCAUCGUGCUGUCGCACUGUUUCUUCUUCAGUUACGACAAACAUUUCAAGAAUAUUCGAUUCGUAUCCAGCAAACAUCAUAUUCACAAUCGAAGACAGGCCGUUCAUACAAUGUUGAACAACAUCGUUUGCCGCAAAUUCAAACGACAACAAGACAAGUUGCCAUUCCACCUGGCAGUACACGUACCAAUUCGUCUGGUAUUACAGGUGCUAACCAUAGUGUCGAUUGUCUAGCUCCCUGUAAAGAAGCAUUGCGACUUAAAGACGAAGAACUCUGUGAACUUCGAGAAAAAGUGAAAACAUAUGAAAAGCUGCUCCGAGAAAAAGUAAAACUGUAUGAAAAGCUUCUUCGUACUAAAAAUAAUCGAAUUCAAGAAUUGGAAAUGCGACUUGGAAAGGUGAAAGUUAAACGACGACCGUAG